CAUAUCCUUGUCCUCCCUUUUUUUCUUUUGCAAUAUUAAAUUAAAAAUGUUAUUUUGUAGCUCACUACCUUCAGCCAUGACCUAGCCCCUCUAUAUAUAUGUUCAUGAGAGCUUCAAAUCCAUGACAAACCAAGCCUACUACUACAACAAUUAACCAGCAUUUGCCCAAAUCUUGUUUUUUCCAUAUAAUUGGUCAUCUUUGGUUGUUGCAUUUUAUUUCCUUUCACAAUUUGUCAGCCUUUUUUCUGUAUAAACAAACAAAUUUUCUUAGUUAUAUUCGAGUAUUAAUUUGAUCAUAGAGAUGGAUCGUGUGGUGAAACUGGCAUCACAAAAGGCGGUGGUGAUCUUCAGCAAGAGUUCAUGUUGCAUGUGCCAUGCAAUCAAGAGAUUGUUCUACGAGCAAGGGGUGAGUCCAGCAAUUUAUGAGCUUGAUGAAGAUGCAAGAGGCAAAGAAAUGGAGUGGGCUCUAAUGAGGCUAGGCUGCAAUCCAUCUGUUCCGGCAGUGUUUAUUGGGGGCAAAUUUAUUGGCUCUGCUAACACAAUCAUGACCCUUCAGCUCAAUGGUUCCUUGAAGAACUUGCUCAAAAAUGCAGGAGCUAUUUGGCUUUAAUUUAGAGUUAAAUGUUCCCUAUGCUUCUAGUGAUUUCCAACUGAAAAUAACUCAUCGGUUUGUAUAAUUUCCUUUAUAUUAGUAUCUAGCCGGCUAUACCUUGUACUGACAAUAACACAUAGAGUUUAAUGUAUCUUAUAUAUACUUAUGCUUUGAAAAUUGAAACUUUUUUGGAGUCUACUCUUGAAAGUCAAACCUUUUUCCCUUUUGGUUGACCAAAUAAUUCUUCAAGUUGUUGUUACUUGUUCAACUAGCAAAUUUAUAUCAAAUCAAAAAUAGUUGGGUGACUAAUUGGCUCA